UGCCAGGGCUGACGACAAAAUCAAUUCGAGAAAAUUAUCGCAGUUUGUUCCCCCAACCUCUCUGGGGUCUUAAACUAUUAAUAACCAAGAAACCCCCAAUUAAGUCAAUAUUCAGGCGACAAAAUUCAAAGGGUGUUUUAAUCUCUGGGGUUUUUACACUUGCCGUGGCCUUUCUCUAUCGCUCUCUCUCGCGCUAUCACUGCCAGCCCUGGAAGCAAAUCAGCAAAUGCAUUGUUUGCACGCUGCAACAACGAAUUUGCCCACUUUUUCUUAGUUAGUUGUUGUAUGCAAACAUUUCUUAAAAUGAGAACGGACAAUUUUCUUUUAAUCAGCCAAGUGGCCAAGAGACAGGCUUUAUGGAACACCAGCAUAACUUUGGCCGACCGCAAAGAUAGCUGGAUCUCACAGUGGCAAGAAGUCGCAUCAAUAAUGCAACUUGAUGUUCUGACAUGUAAGAAGCGUUUUAAAAGAUUGAGGGAUACCUAUCGCGCCGAGAUAAGGAAAAUCCAACAGAGGGGCUCCGGUACCUCUAACUGGCCGUACUUUCGUGCCAUGGAGUUUUUACGGUGCAUUUUCGAUCCGGAAGGCAUGGUAACCUUUUUACCCGAAGCAUUUGACUACGAACAAGCUGCAUAUCGCAAUCAAGCCGAACUUGACAACUCAAAAAUGGACGAUUUCGUUAUAGAAGUGGAUGACGAUGAUGAUUUUGAUUUUGAAAUAAUGGGCGAUAUAUUCAAGCAAGGUGGUGGUGGUGGUGGCAACGAAAGUCGUGGCAGUGCUGGAAUUGGAGGUGUUGUUGCUGGAAGGUGCAGUGUCAGUGGUGGUGGCGGCGGUGGUGAUUCUUCGUCAGCGGGCCAGGACUCUGGCUCAGAGUUCUCAGUUCGAAAGACCAUUAAUGUAAAUACAAAUGUCAGCACCACAUCAGCAAACCAUUUGGAGGCAGAUACAGAUAUAUCGCCACAACUAUUGUCGCCCAUGCCAUUGCCACCGAAUCACAUGCUAUUGCCACGUCCAGCAAAACGUGGACGCCCAAGGAAGACUUCAUCGCCAUGUGAGACGAAUGUUCCCUCGUCCACACCUACAUCGAUAGCAGCAGCAUCGGAUUCGACAACUGCACCCGGUGUUUCCAAAGAUGAUGCCGAUUAUAACUUCUUGGUCAGUUUGCUACCGCAUGUGAAAUCACUUUCUGACAUUGGUAAUCUCAAGUUUCGAAUGGAAAUCAGUCGCAUUUUAUUGGAUAUAAAGCAUGAUGAACAGACAGCACCAUCGCCAGAAGUGCAGCAAUUGGCAAAACAAAGAUCGUCAUUGCCAAAGCUAAUAUCUGCACCAGUUCAGUCCACAACUGGUCCUGUACCUGUUUCAACUUCACAAAAGAAACGUUCGCGUCAACAAGCGAUGCAGGAGGAGCCAGCAUCGAAAUAUGCCAUUUCAAGUUCAGGAUAUGUCGAUAGCUCGAUGAUUGAAUGCGAUGUUAAAAUAGAAAAUGAGACUUUGUUUUAAAUGGAAA